CAUCAAUGUUUGUUAGUUACAAAAUUUUGGAAUUUUAUUCCAUAAUUCAACCAAAAUCGCAAAUAGUUAAUUGGGAUACACAUUGGUGCCACUAGUGCCACCGGUGGCACCAUGUCCAAGUGCAAGAGGUGCUGCAAGGGCAGAUGUCUGCCCUGCCUGCCACGGUGCGUGCAACCAGAUCCGUGCUAUGUACCCCAUUCAUCCCCGACCAUCAAAUGUCUGCGCUAUUUCUCCUGCAAUCUGGACAAAAUGUGCCCCUGCGAAUGCCGUGAGGAUGAGUCCGAUAGCGAAUGUCCUCCUGUGCCCUGUAAGCGUUGUAGCAAGUCGUGGAUUGAGCGGCGUUUGGAGCCGUGUAGAUGCUGCGGCAGCGAUCCAGCCCAUCCUUGUUACGUACAGAAGAAGCAGGAGAUCGUGGAGGUGGCGCCAAAAGACAAGAAGGGAAAGGGUAAGAAAAAGAAGAAGAAAAAGAAGAAGAAGAAGAAGAAGGGUCGCCGGAGGGGUGGAGGCAUCGGUUGCGAAGACGAACGCCUGAUAACCGGGCAAGAUCUCUUUGGUGACAUUUCGCUACCAUCUGAUGACGGAGCAUCUGAUGAUCCUUGCAGCCACAGCUGUGCCGAAUCUGCCAGUUGCUGUGACUUGACGCGAGCUAUAAGACAAUUGCGAUUCCUGUUGGCCAAAUACAACAUUGAAGUUUAGUGGAUCAAAGCACUUUUAAAGUCAGCUCAAAAAUAUCAAAUCACAGCAAGCUGAUCGCAUAAUUAAAUCAAAUAUUUA